GCCACAGGAAACACUACGUCAUCGUUACAAAUGGCGGACGUUGUAAACAAGGCAGAGGAAUACAAGUUUUAGCUAGCUAGCAAGCUACAUGUUUACCACAAAAUGAAUAGCAUAGACUGCGAGCGUUUGGACAGCUUGGACGGCUGGGUUGCCAUCAAAACGAACAUAUUCGAAGAAAACGAGACGUUCAAGCUCGGUUUUAUCGUGCAGUGGAAUGUUAUCGAGUCCAAAUUCGCGGUCACCUGUCACAACAGAACUCUCCAGCGACAGAAGCGCAAAGACCAGCUUGCUGUCUGCGAAACCGAAACCAGCUGGGCCGGACUCUUCUCUGUUAACGACUUAAAAAAUGUCCACCGUCAGUUUACAGGGGUCGGGGAUGUCGUCGCACCCUAUUUCCCCGACCUGUCGGACUUCAAGGAGGGUAACAUUUGGGACAUGAUCUUUCUCAGCAGCAAUCGGACGUUCAACCAAGAUGAUCAAGAGAGAGAUCUGGAUACACCUUGUCGUCAGCUGGAGAAGUACUUCAGCACUGCGAUAGAUAUCUGUGGCAGGAAGAUAGUGCUGGACUCGCUUUUCCCGCAGGACGAGCGAGAUGUCGAGGAGUACUUUGAGAACAUGCAGGAGUUUAAGAGGAAAACCAUGCAGGAUGAAGUCACCAGGGCUAAGGAUCACCUUAGAAAGAUCCUCCAGAGUCAUGGAGCUGCAGACAGAAUGAUCCUACUGCUACAGAUCUACCACGAGGAGGACCUAGCCUACCAGGACCUGGUCACCGUAGCAACCACCUUCUACCAGUACCUGCUGCAACCCUUCAGAGACAUGAGAGAACUGGCAGGGCUCUACAAGAUGGAGAUACUGAAGUCUCUGGAUGAGGAGGAGCUGGGUCCUAAGAGGAUAGCAGCACUGGAGAGAGAGGCGGAGGAGUGGAGGAGGAGAGGAGAGGAUGCAGUCUCCUCCAUACAGGACAUCACAGUCAGCUACUUCAUAGAAACUUCUAAAGCCCUUGGAGGUAUGCUGCGUGUGAUGGAGGAGGAUAAGCGUGGUUUUGGCCAGGCUUCCUGGGCCUCAGCAGCUCCUAGACUGGAGAAGCUGCGUUUCCUGCUGGCUAAAGAGACCCUGCAACACAUGAGAGCUGCUGAGAUGUGUCUGCACCGCAAGAAACACACCAUCAGAGAGAAGAUGGGAGGUCUGUCUGGCCAGGACCAGAGGGGACCAGAGACAGUAGAUAACCUAGAGCUUCAGUACUAUGAGGCUCAGCUAGAACUCUACGAUGCCAAGUUUGAGAUCCUCAAGAACGAAGAGCUUCUAUUGGUCGCUCAGAUCGACACCCUGCGACGCCAGAUCAAAGAGCUGAAGGAGGAGGUGGUGUAUUAUGAUGUGUGUGAGGAUCCAGAGGAGCUCCAAAGCCUAUCACAGACAGCUGCACCUUUAGACCCCACCCACUCACCUGUCAAUCACCUGGGGCGACGCCUACAGCAGCUGGAAGCCAAGAGAGGGAACAUCUGUGCCCGCCGCGCAUACCUCCGCAACAAGAAGGAUCAGUGUGUGGAGGCUAACGAGCAGAAGCACCGUGCGGCCCAGCACAGCUCCACUCACUUUACCCAGCACCACGGAGUAGCCCUGAAGAGAGAGAAGAGGAGAGAGGAGGAAGAGAGGAGGAAGGAGUGGAUGGACCAGGAGAGAGAGAGAACCCUGAGCAGACUACGCUCCUUCAGAGAGAAGCGACAGGGAAGUUACGUCCUGAAGACUCCACGAUCCAAGAUGGCUGCCAGGGAGCCGCAGUGUUCCGACCUCUCCCAGCCUCUGUCAAUCAUUAGCAUCGGCCCCUCCCCUUCAUCUAAUGGGGCCGCCCCCAGAAAGACCCCCAGGAAACUCAAACCUAAAGACCUCCCCAUCCAAAUCUUCACUCCUCCUCUCCCUUCUCCUUCACCUCUGCCAACUACACCUCCCACUACAGCUGUACCCCCACCUCAGACCUCCUCUCCUCCUCCCCCUCCUCCUCCUCCUCCCCUACCCCCACCUCCUCCACCUCCACCCCUCCCUGCCCUCACAGAGGUAGGGGACUCCCCCAUGCCUCUCAGUGAGAAAGAGGCCGCUCCCUUCCCUGCCAAAACGACCCUGAAACAGAACCUAGGUUCUAUGGACGAGGUGUUGGCAUCAUUACAGCGUGGUCAGGUCAGGCUGCGUCGUGUCCAGCCCCCUCCUGGUCCCUGCCUGGCGCCCUCCGAUGGCGACCUCAGGGAUAACAUAAUGUCUGCCAUCAGACUUGGGGUCAAACUACGCAAGGUGGUCCCAGCAGUGCCCCUGCCCCAGGACAGUAGGGACACAGAUCUACAGAAGAGCAUCAAGGCAGCCAUGCAGAGGAUGAAGAAGGUCUCCUCUGACUCGGAUGAUGAAGAUGAGGAGAGAGGAGAGGACAACACGCCCUCCGCUGAGUGGGACAGCUGAGAGAGGAGAGGAGACGUAUACACGGACAGACAGACACUCGGACGCGCAUGGACACAUCCAUAAAACAGACGUAUAGGCACACACACACACGUACAAAUCAAAACAUUCACUAAUCAAUAGGUUAACCAUGUUGCCAAUGGUUUAGUUGUGUGAUUAUGCAGGUUUACUGUUUGAUGUAAAACGUGAUCCAUAGAGAAGAGAUGGUAUCUUAAACACCCUGAAGAUAUUUAACUAAAGCACUGUGCCCAAAUAUCCACCACCUGGUACCAGGGUUCAAGGCUACAGCCUCUUUUUCACUAAGCUUUGAAACUAGCUGUUAUCUUGCUAAAAAGCUCCCACCGAUUCCAGAUUUUCAGGAAUUCUUGUUUGUAUGCUUGUCUAGUCUUCCGUUUGCAAACUAGCCUGAGGACUUGACAUUGAAGUAUUGUCCAACUGCUUUACAGAGAGAGAGUGGCAGAUCUAGAAAUAGGGUGAAAUAGAUUCUGUCUAUGGUUGCAGGCCCCUGUAGCGUGAUCAAAUCAAAUCUUAUUUGUCAUAUGUCGCCGAAUACAACAGGUGUACCGUGUAAUGCUGAAUACAACAGGUGUAGACCUUUACCGUGAAAUGCUUACUGUAACUGUGCCAGGAUGUUCAGUUAGUCGUCGUAUUACACUACUAUAUCUCCCUUAAUGUUUUGUUUGUCUAGUGCCAGUUGGAACUGGUGUCCACCCUGCAUAGCAUAACUGGUGAAAUCAUUUGUUUUAUCAUUUUUUGUUUCUGCUUCAUGAUUGUAUCUACGGAUGAAAAUGAGCUCGUUUGCCAACUCCGGCACAUUUACUUUGAUGAGGAAACUGAAAUGUUGAUGACUGUGCACUCUGUUUCUGUGUCCUACAAUGCCCUAUUAAUCGCCAUGACGAUAUAAUAACCCUUUAAGUAUGACCUCUGCUCUUCAUGAAUGAAGGAACAGAAUAGAGCUUUACCCAGUUUACCACUUCCCACCAUGAACUAAACAGUAGGAUGAAGUUGACCCCGUUGGUACAGUUCUAGGAUCAGCCUCCUCUCCCCCAAUCCCAACCUUAACCAUUAGGGGGAAUAAUCUAAAACUGGCCUUGGGUCAGUGUCUAGGGGGCAACUUCACCCUAGUAUUUCUAAUGAUCAUGUUCUCUAUUGGUUUUGAUGCUACGUUAUUACAUUGCACUUGAUUUGACCGGAUUGUCAUGGAGACACAAAAGGCCGUGUUCCAGACUGCCUGCAAAGCAGCAGCUUUUACACAAAUUAACCAAUGAUUGAAUAUGUAAGAUUUGGUGCGUGACUGCAAUGUAGGUGACCUGGAACAUGGCCAAAUGUAUGAACGAGCGUUAGUGCACUGAUUUAAUAUUUUUUGCUGCAUUUUGUUUGCCAAUUAUUGUAAACUGUCAAACCCAGUUUCCAUUCGACUGUUAAGUGUUAUUUUAAAGUGAGAACAUUAUGAAAUUAUGCUCAAGUGCCUUGGGGACUGUAAGUUAUUAUGAGCUGUCAUUCACCAAUAAACUGUUGUUGAAUAAGG